UUGUGGACGAUCUAUGUCUAGAGUAAUGAUUUACUUAUUAUAUUUGUUCUUGAAUAAAUUGAUGCUUUCUUCGAUAGAACAUUUACUUUUGCUACUAUGUAGACAUCAAUACAGUGUAAUAAACCAGAUGAUAAUAAAAAAGCAAUUUUGCUCUUAUCUUGAGAGAUAGGCCUACAAACAAAUCUAUCUAUAUUAUUUCAUUCUACAGGACUCAAAAUUUAACCUCUUAAAAUUUUUUGAUUACAACCUGAACAAUGUUUUGUUUGAGUUUUCUUGUUGCUUUUCCAAAAAAAGCAAAGCAAAAACCAACUCGAAAACCUAAGAGCUCAGGAAAACAAUCAAAGCCGUCCAGUGCGCCAGAUACGACUGAGCCUUCAAUUUAUAAGUCUUUAGAAAUAGGCGUGAAAAGUACUUGUGCAAUCAAAUAUAACUUGUUUGAUGGGUUUCAAUAUCAAUUGGAUAUUUGUUCGUGGGGUCUGCCUGGUAAGGUAUAUGCCGGAGGUAAUUCCAAAGCUGUGAGGUGCUUGCAAACAGAAAAACUAUCGAUUGUAUGCUUCUCCGUUUUUCACGCAUACACACACUUGCAAUUUGAUCAAGAUGAUAUCAUCAAACUGCUGAAUCAGUCAGUCUCGUUCAAAUUUUUUGAUAAUAAGACUCAAAUGUCUGCAGGUUCACAAAAGGAUGCACCAAAAUAUUUCUACGAUUCCAUUGAACCAAGUGAUAAAAACCUUUUUGCCACCAUACACGAAGGUAAAACAGCCAAUGGUCCGGACAGUAUUACAAAUGAAGAAAAGGUAACAUUCGAGUCGCUGAGUGAUGAAGCUGAAUCCAGCAAUAUGAAAGUAUUAAGUAAACUAAGAGGAAAACCAUUGGGACUCCACCAGAAAAGUCUCAUGGAUGUGAUCGGAUCUCUAGAAGACAAGCUAAAAACAGAAAUUAAGCAGGAUGGAUCGAAAAAAUCAGGCAGAUCAACUGCUGAGAAAUCACAGGGAAAAUCUACUCCAAAAUCUGCUCGAUCUAAGGAUAAUAAUGCGAUAAGUUUUAGUUGCACUGAGUUACUCCUUGAUAAGAUUAUGCUUCACCACCAGAAAAUAAAACCGGCAAAGCAGAUUGAAUUUGUGGCAGUAAUAGUCAGUGCUAAAGAUAUAAUGCUACAAGAAAUAAGGGAGUCUCUUUUCCCUUUUUGCGUGGAAAUCAAGCAUUUGCAAAAUCUCCCAUCCUAUGAUUUGAGUCUAACUCACCUAUUUUUGAAAUAUUCACUUGAAAAUGCUUUCACCGAGGAAACCGAUAGAAUCGAAAUCACACAAGAUAAUUAUAAGCACCUUGAAUUCAAUCAUUCAAAGGUGCUUUUCAUUAAUAGAAUGGAAAUCCCUUUCUCACUUUUUGUUGAAGCAUUACAGACUGGACUGUUUUACAUAGAGCUCUAUGGGGUAGCGACAAGUGAGCUUAAAAUAAGCACAAAUACGCCACAGAAAGCAAUCAAAGGAGAUUCGGUUCCUCCUGAAAAAAAUCGCAAAAAGCAAACCAAGUCAAGUAAAGAGAAACGUUCGAAAAAAGCGAAGAAAAAGGAUGUUUCAAGUAACAUACUACUUGCUGUAGCGUAUGUGAAUCUAUGUGAGAUGCUAAAGAGUACAUUGUGGACUGAUUAUAACACCCAUCUAACUGCUAAUCUACCAUUUGACUGUUGGUGGAAUAGAAGUGAAUGUCACGAUGAGAAAAUUCUACAAGAAGAAGGAAAAGUAGCUCCUUAUUUCAAACAGAAACAUCUUAUGGAGUGUGGAACAAUUAUGAAGAUCAGACUGAGGAAUGGAGAUUUGAUACAACCUCCACUCUUGGCUAACAUUCUAUCUCAAAGAGAAAUUUUGAGCCGCUUGAUAAUAGUUUUCCAUGAAAAUGAUACGAACGACGUUAUCUGGGAUACUCUGAACAUAAACAGUACAUCAAUUGAUAACCAAGAAUUUAUAAAACCAAGAAUCACUCCUGACUCUCUAAUAUCGAUUGCCAAAGAUCUGUAUUCAUAUUCAGUGUCCAGUGAAGAAAUGAACGAGAUAAAUUACAUAAGUGGGUUCCUAAUUGAUACACUGGAGAAGAAGUUUCUCAUGGUUGAGGGAUUGGCCAACUUCAAAUUUUUUAAAAUACUUGGAAUUGUUUCAAGGUUGAAAUACAAUAAAAAAGUCAAGAUAUUUUUCAAUAGCAGUUUUAUUUUCACAGAGAGACUCUAUCCAGACCCUCAUCAAAGAUUUACGCAUGUGAUAAAACUAAGAAAGCCCUUGUCCUCUGUGAUGCGAUUGCCAUACAGUGAAUUGAAACGAAAGCUAUCUUCAUCAGUCCUUAAGGCAAUGACAAAGUUGACGAAAAUGGUGAAUUGCUACACGAUUCAUGAAGUAUGUGUUCAAAGACUUUUUCCGUCGCCAGACGAGAUCUCAGCAAUGGAGAUAGAACUGGGAAUUCAGUUUCCAAAAGAUAAUUUUGCUCUGCCCAUAAUCCAAAGAACGGAUUUCAUUGAUUAAUUCUCGAUAAUGUUUGGCUUGAUUACGCUAAUAAUAUUUUAAAGAUGUUUGGCUUGUUAAGGUAUUGCAUCUUGUGUAUAAAUUCGUCCGAUGCGCCUUA